AUGGCCCGUAGACCUGCUCGAUGCUACCGGUAUUGCAAGAACAAGCCUUACCCCAAGUCACGCUUCAACCGUGGUGUCCCAGAUGGUAAGAUCCGUAUCUUUGAUCUGGGACGGAAGAAGGCGUCUGUGGACGACUUCCCAUGCGCUGUGCACUUAGUAUCCAAUGAAUACGAACAACUGAGCUCGGAGGCUCUAGAGGCUGCACGUAUCUGUGCCAACAAGCGAAGACUAAACUCCGUUCUUGUCCGAAGAUACCUCGUCAAAGUGGCGGGUAAAGAGACAUUCCAUAUGCGCGUCCGAGUUCACCCUCACCAUGUAAUUCGAAUCAACAAGAUGCUGAGUGUCGCUGGUGCGGAUCGUUUACAAACCGGGAUGCGAGGCGCAUUCGGUAAGCCAGCUGGCAAGGUAGCGCGAGUAAAUGUGGGCCAGAUUCUACUUUCCGUGCGAACUGUCGAUCGUCAUCGAGAGACUGCAGUGGAGGCGCUACGUCGCUCGAUAUACAAGUUCCCCGGUCGGCAAAAGGUCAUUGUCAGCAAGCGAUGGGGCUUCACGACUUUACCACGAGCUGAGUAUGUGCGGUUGAAGGAAGAAGGCCUAUUGCGGAAUGAUGGUUCGUACGUCCAAUUCUGUCGACGGAAAGGAGAGCUGGCAGAGAACAUAAAGAGCUUCCCACAGGCAUAUACUUCCUCAGUGGUGUGUAUAUGA